AAGGUCCGCACCGGCCGCUACCGGCUUCAUUCACAUCACGUUCACACGAAGAGCAUUAGAAGGCGCCGCUGUUACCGAGGUAACCGGCAGUUCCCUGGUAGUCUCACGUUGGUGCACGCGGUAGCAGAAGAAAGUUUGGAUUGGGCAACAGGACCAUGUGGAAGCAGUGACGGGUUAACUUGACAUGUCGAACAGGACCGUGGUUUGAGGUUGUGUUGAAGAUACUUGCCUCCGCUGAGCCUUCAGUCUGAGCUUGAACUCAGCCUAAUGGACCUAAUGGAUGCCGCUGCUACCUGGAUGAACAUCUGAAGCAGCGUCACUUCCCUGGGCCUCCACCUCCUCCUGCGUGGCUGUUCCUCCAGCUCUCAGCAAGUCUCCAUAUGGGUCAACUGCCUUCUCAGACAUUGUGAUCAGCCCCAGAGGCCGUGCUCCAAGCAGCCUUCACUCUCUUGACCCCCCGUACACACAUCCACCGUCAUCAUGGGGGAGGUAGUCCAAAUGCACUUCACCACGGUGGACUACGUCAUCUUUGCCUUGCUGUUGGUGGCCUCAGCUGGCAUCGGCCUCUUCUACGCCUUCUCUGGUGGCCGCCAGCGCACGACACAGGAGUUCCUGAUGGCUGACCGCUCCAUGAGCUGCCUGCCUGUGUCUCUGUCCCUGCUGGCCACUUUCCAGUCGGCUGUAGCCAUCCUGGGUGCCCCGUCUGAGGUGUACACUUUUGGGACUCAGUACUGGUUCCUGGGCUGCUCUUACUUCUUGGGCCUGCUCAUCCCAGCUCAUGUUUUCAUCCCAGUCUUCUACAGACUACGGCUGUCCAGCACUUAUGAGUAUCUGGAGCUGCGCUUUAACAAGACGGUUCGCAUAUGUGGGACUGUGACCUUCAUCUUUCAGAUGGUCAUUUAUAUGGGCGUGGUCCUGUACGCCCCAGCGUUGGCACUGAAUGCAGUGACAGGUUUUGACCUAUGGGGGGCAGUGCUGGCCAUGGGGCUGGUGUGCACUUUAUAUACUGCUCUCGGGGGCCUGAAGGCGGUGAUCUGGACUGACGUGUUCCAGACGAUAGUAAUGUUUGCGGGCCAGCUGGCGGUCAUUGUGGUGGGGGCGAGUCAGGCAGGAGGCAUGGCGGAGGUGUGGAGGAAAGCAAUGAACGGCAGCCGCAUCGCUGGACUGGAUCUGAACCCAGACCCUCUGGAGCGCCACACCUUCUGGACCCUGGGUGUGGGAGGAGUCUUCCUCAUGUUGGCUCUGUACGGCGUCAACCAGGCCCAGGUCCAGAGAUACCUCAGCUCCCGUACGGAGAAAGAAGCAGUCAUGUCCUGCUAUGUAGUUUUCCCAUGCCAGCAGAUCGUCUUGUGUCUGGGUUGUCUGAUGGGUCUGGUCAUGUUUGCUCGCUAUGGAGAGGACAGCCCUCUGGACAAGGGCUAUGUCAAAACUAAUGACCAGAUGGUGCUGUACUUUGUGAUGGACGUGUUCAAGGAUCUGCCCGGGCUCGCAGGACUCUUUGUGGCCUGCCUCUUCAGUGGAGCUCUCAGCACCAUCUCCUCAGCCUUUAACUCCCUAGCAACAGUAACCAUGGAGGACCUGAUUAAACCUCAUUUUCCAAACAUGACUGAUGCUAAAGCCACACUGCUGUCCAAGGGACUCGCUCUGGUCUAUGGCCUGGUGUGUCUGGCUAUGGCCUACCUGGCCUCUAUAAUGGGAUCUGUGCUGCAGGCAGCCUUCAGUAUCUUUGGGAUGGUGGGGGGUCCUCUGCUGGGCCUCUUCUGUCUGGGAAUGUUCUUCCCAUGGGCAAACUCAACUGGUGCAGUGGUGGGGCUAGCAGCAGGUCUUGCCAUGGCCUUCUGGAUCGGCAUUGGUAGCUUUGUGAUGCGUAUGUCUUCCAUCCCAGUGCCAACACUCAACACCACUGCUCUGCCCCUGUUUGACAACAUGACCACCACUGUCAUGACUACACUGGUCACCACAGCCAAGCCAAGGCCGUCAGGGGUGGAGGCCCUCUACUCGUUGUCCUACAUGUGGUACAGCGCUCACAACUCCACCACUGUGGUGGUGGUGGGACUGAUAGUCAGCUUUCUAACAGGACCUAUGAAGGAGAAGGACCUGACCCCCGGCACAGUGUAUCCAGUCCUGGGCACGCUGCUCUUCUUCCUGCCUGAGCGCUACAGAGAGAAGCUCUGCUGUGUCACUCCUCUGUCCACUCCUCACAAGCCUAAAGAAGUCGACACACAGUCUUAUCAGAUGGCCAAGAAACAAGACAACGGAGCAGCUUACUGCAAAGAGGACACAGUGACCGAGGACAAGGAGAUGGAGAGUGACAGAGCACAAACAGACGAGGAAGAAUUGGACACGAGGAUUGCGCUGCCCUCAUGUCACCUGGCGGCCCACUCGGUUCAGGAGACAGCCUUGUGAUCCGUCUUGUCACAUUAUGUUUUAUUGCUACCUGCUCACACUUUUUUCUUUUAAAAAAAAAACAACGGCUGGAACUUUGCAUUCUAAGCUCAAAUGACAGUCAAAGAAAAAAUGAGUCAGUUGAUCUCCGUUGGCAACGCACACACACACACGCACACACACACACGCACACAUUGGCUCGUGUCUGUCCUGAUGUGUGCAGUUUAAAAAUAAUGAGUGGGUGCACAAUGCUCUCGUGCACAAUGAGCCGCUGCUGGAUCCCGUCUUUCUGUUAGACAAAAGAAUCAGGUAGUUGAUAAUUAUGAGAUGUAAAUCAUGUAAAACAAGAUGUAUUAUUUUUGUAGAGAAGACGGAGCCAUAAAAUCCCAGAAUACGUUUAAGAGAAAAUAAAUAAGAAGUUAAAUGGAAGGCAUGACAGUACUGUGAUGGUGUAGUGUCUAUGGUCACCUUCUAGCUGCUACUAAAGAUAUGAAAACACAAGUCCACACAAGCAAAGCAGGUCAUUUAGACACAACGCAGUCAAUCCGGACGCUGUCUCUUCGUUUUUUCUAAAAGGAGGUUAAUAUUGUCCACCGUUUUCAUCCUUUUCAGAGCUUCAUGGAGCUUCCCAGCCCCAUGAAGCUCUAAAGUGCCUCACUGACUGAAUGUUGUCUGAGCUGGUAUUAACAUGUCUGCUUUUCAUUAGCUUUCUAUGUUUUACAGUCCAAGUGGCCGUCAACAUAGAAGCCACAUGUCUGCAUCCGGUAAGACCGCCCUGGGUAAAUGACUGUACUUAUAUAGCACUUUUAUCCAAAGCGCUUUACACUACAGACUGCGCUCAUUCUGGUGGCAAGGGACAAACAGCCACCUGCCACCAGUGGGAAUUCAUUCACACACCGAUGAACACAGCAUCGGUGGGCAAUUUUUGGGUUAAGUAUCUUGCCCAAGGAUACUUCGACAUGUAGGCUGCCAUGGUCAGGGAUCGAACCACCGACCUUCCGAUCAACCGGUGACCGAUCUACCAACUGAUCCACACCACUGCUCUGAACCACUGAGACAAUUCCACUAGACGUUAA